GCCCUGAUAUAUUAAAGUGGCGGUCGCAAAUCCUUCUCCUGAAAUUCAUAUAUCGCAGCACAGAUCUCCAAACUCCAAACACCAAAUUCACACUUCAUCGCAUCCCUCUUCUCCUCAGACAUGGCAUCCAACGGCUUGUGUCCUUCAAUAAAAAACAUUCUUCUUUUAGACUCUGAAGGGAAGCGUGUGGCAGUCAAGUAUUACUCAGAUGACUGGCCGACAAACAGUUCAAAGUUAGCUUUUGAGAAGUUUGUGUUCACUAAGACUGUUAAGACAAAUGCGCGGACAGAAGCUGAGAUAACACUGCUUGAGAACAAUAUCGUUGUUUACAAAUUUGUGCAAGACUUGCAUUUCUUUGUCACUGGUGGUGAUGAUGAAAAUGAGCUCAUUUUGUCAUCUGUUCUUCAAGGUUUCUUUGAUGCAGUCACCCUUUUGCUGAGGAGCAAUGUUGACAAAAGUGAGGCACUUGAGAACUUGGAUCUCAUUCUUUUAUGCCUUGAUGAGAUUGUUGAUGGAGGGAUUAUACUCGAAACAAAUGGACCUCUUAUCGCCGAAAAAGUUACCUCCCACAACAUGGAUGCUGAUGCUCCCUUAUCAGAGCAGACACUAACUCAGGCAUGGGCUACAGCCAGAGACACUUUCACAAGAACUCUUUUAACAUGAUGCACUCAUGGCGAUGUACUUAAGUGUGAUCCUUAUAUUUUAGAAGUUUUUCUGUUUAUGAGAGUUGUUUUAUACUAUCCCUCCAUUUGAAUCUGUAUUUUUUUGACAAAAGCAAGUACAAUAUACUACUAAAUCCAGUCUUCUGCUAAGAUCUGGAAUUGCUUUUCUGAAUUCAAGUUACUGGGUAGUUGUACUAUUUUUUUUUUUUCAAUGAUCUUCUCCUGUACCCGAUAUUAUUUUCCAAUGUAUGAAAGAACUUAAUAAUUUUAGGUAAA